AAACAUAGAAUUCCCACGAAAGCAGCCCCGUCUAUCGCAACGGCUCCCAUCUCUCUUUUUCCGUGUGGCCGAUGACAUAGGACGCCAACAUGAAGCUUAACGUGUCGUAUCCCGCAACGGGAUGUCAGAAACUCUUUGAAGUUGUGGAUGAGCAUAAGCUGAGGAUUUUCUAUGAGAAGCGUAUGGGAGCUGAGAUUGAGGCCGAUCCCCUGGGUGAAGAAUGGAAAGGUUAUGUUCUUCGUAUCUCCGGAGGCAAUGACAAGCAGGGUUUCCCCAUGAAACAAGGCGUCCUGACCAAUGUGCGUGUCCGUUUGCUGCUCAAGAAGGGACAUUCCUGCUAUCGUCCUCGUCGUACCGGCGAGCGCAAGCGGAAGUCCGUGAGGGGCUGCAUUGUUGAUGCCAAUAUGUCGGUGCUGGCACUGGUGGUGGUGCGCAAGGGUGAGAAGGACAUUGCUGGUCUCACGGACAAUCAGGUACCUCGACGUCUGGGACCCAAGAGAGCUUCCAAGAUCCGCAAGCUCUACAACUUGAGCAAGGAAGAUGAUGUCCGUCAGUACGUGGUACGUCGGCCGUUGCCUGUGAAGGAGGGUAAGAAGCCACGUACAAAGGCCCCCAAGAUUCAGCGUCUCAUCACGCCAGUUGUGCUCCAGCGCAAGAGACAUCGUCUGGCACUGAAGAAGAAGCGCUCAGUGCGUGCCAAGGAGCAGGCAGCUGAGUAUGCCAAGUUGCUGGCUCAGCGCAGGAAGGAGGACAAGGUCAAGAAGGAGGAAGCCAAGAGGCGUCGCUCAGCCUCCCUCCGUGAAUCCAAAUCCUCCAGCAUCAGCGACAAAAAGUAAAUUGGGGGGCAUUUGAUUUUAUUGGAAAAUAAAAUUUAAACAGUGA